GUUCGGCCAUUCGGUGUGUCACUCCUGAUUGCUGGCUGGGAUGAAGACCGUCCAUACCUUUUCCAGUCAGACCCCUCGGGAGCAUACUUUGCAUGGAAAGCCACAGCGAUGGGGAAGAACUAUGUGAAUGGGAAAACAUUCCUUGAGAAAAGAUACAACGAGGAUCUGGAACUGGAAGAUGCGAUUCACACUGCUAUUCUGACUCUUAAGGAAAGCUUUGAAGGUCAAAUGACUGAGGAC